GUUUCUGCUGGAAGCAUCACGAGAAGAGAGCGGUUGCAUGAAGAAUUAAAGAUGGCGAAAAGUGAUGAUUGCAUGCACAUCUUGCAGGGUCUGUUAGUCUUUGGGAAUGUGGUCAUUGGGAUGUGUGGCAUUGCCCUGACAGCAGAGUGUAUCUACGUUGUGUCCAACCCCCAUGGUGCCUACCCUCUGCUGAAAGCCACAGAAAGCAGUGGCAUCUACGCUGCCGCCUGGAUUGGCAUCUUUGUCGGCCUUGCACUCUUUGCCCUGUCUAUCCUUGGUAUCAUUGGAGUCAUCAAGGCCAGCAGGACCUUGCUAUUGGUGUACAUCAUUCUGAUGCUGAUCACUUUUGCAUUUGAAAUGGCUUCUAGCAUCACAGCAGCGACUAACCAAGACUCACUGACUCCAAAUGUCUUCCUGAAGCAAAUGCUGGAGAGAUAUCAGAAGUCAGAGCCAAACAAUAACAGUGACAAUGAGGUCACAAAGACAUGGGAUGAACUCAUGCGUCAGAACCACUGCUGCGGGGUGAACGGCCCCUCCGACUGGCAGAACUACACGUCUGCCUUCCGCGGCACGCACAGCGACGCCGACUACCCCUGGCCACGGGCGUGCUGCGUGCUGGAUGCAAAAGGGCUCCCCGUCAACCUCGAUGGCUGCAAACUCGGAGUGUCUGGCUACUACAACAGCAAUGGUUGUUACGAUGCCAUGUCUGGGCCAGUGAACGCACAUGCCUGGGGUGUUGCCUGGUUUGGCUUUGCCAUCCUCUGCUGGACUUUCUGCGUCCUCCUUGGCACCAUGUUCUACUGGAGUGGAAUUGAAUACUGAAGGCCUGGUGUCCUCAGUGCUGUCCUGAAGAGCCAUGUGAAACUGCAUUUGUUUGUCUCCCACUCCAUUCUCCUCAAGCCAUGGAGGAUUUGAAGUUUUCCCACUACCUCUCCUGCAUAUACUUUUGCCCCUCCAAAAACUCAACACAAAGAAGUGACGACUUCUGCAGGAAAGAAUCUUCUUGUCCCUGCCUUUGCCCUUUGUUCUGCAGCCUUAAUGCCUCCUGCCUGAAGCACAAUCCUUCUUUCACUGUGCAAGAAAUCCUGGAGCAUAAGAUGAGGAGAAAAAAGUGAUCUGCUUUGUUCUCUGAUGACAUCAGAAAAGAAAAUGUCCAUUUACACUUGGUCCAGAAAAAUGUCUCUCUAAAAUUAGUUUGAAUUUAAACUAUAACGCUUCAGGAAGGGCUAUGUGAGCAAAACUGUAACCUCCUGUGACCAAUAAGGACAGAUGUUGCAAGGGAAAAGACUGCAGAUCUCUGUUAUAUUCUACUGAUCAACUUCUCUUGCUGGUCUCUGUCACCCUUGCCUUAGAAUAAGGCAAAUUCUCUGAGCAUUUAAGUGUGUCAACAAUAAAAACAUGUCACAGAUAGACAGUCUGUUGCUAGGCAAGCCCAAGAAAAGGCUAGCUCUCUCCUCAGCACUAUGCUGCCUAUACGCAAGCCUACCUCCUGCCACUGAUGAAACUACUGCAUGUGCUCCUACCUUCUGAAGUGCCAGUCCAGGAAAAGCUCCACCUGAUAACAAGCAGCUCCUUCAAAAAAGCUGUUCUCUAUUUUGCACAAGAUUUCAUACAUCUACGGGCCAGAAUUUGUGCAGAACACAGGGGGUUCUCUGCUGCAGUUGCCUUUGCAAAUGUGGCUGUUCCAUGCUCCUGGUUUAUUGUGCUUCUUGCUUUAGCUGCCUGUGUGUAAAUGGUCACACUCCCUGUGUCAUUCCCCUUCCAUGUCCCUGGAUCAGGUAGGACAAAUGGCAAAUAAUGGCAGUGAGUAACUCUUGUGAAAAAAUGCAAGCAAGGAGCUAACUGAACCAAACCCAGUCCUUGCAUCAGCGCUUGCUGUUUCCACUCAGUUCAACAAAGGCUGUUUACUUUGGCCCAGACUGAGCUGGUGUCUUUCCUAGUGAAUGCUUCAGUAGUUAAUGUAUUGUGAGAAAUGUGCUCCUCUGUAGGGUGUUUUAAGGUGAAGCCUCUUCCAUAGAUGUACUGGU